AUGAACAAACACUUUGCCGAAACAAGUCGAAGCUCCGCUGUGGCGGAAAACGUUACGGAGGAUAUCAUAAUCGACAUACUGUUGAGGCUACCGGUCAAGUCCUUGAUGCGGUUCAAGUGCGUAAGCAAGCGAUGGCGGUCCCUGAUUUCCGACCAGCACUUUGCAAAGUUGCACCUUGAAAGGGUCAUCUCAGAGAACGUAGCACCUAGCCAGAAAAUCAUCAAAAGCAACCCGCUCCAAACCAUAGACUAUGAAGCUCUUGACAGCGACGAGGUCAAUGAUCGUGCGGUGGUAAAGUCUCACGACUUGGGAGGGGACGAACCCUGGGGGCUCGCGGGGUCAUGCCAUGGCUUGGUGAGUUUGGCUGUCUGCGAUGGUUUUCUCGUGUAUGACCCAACCACCAAGGAGUCCAGGAAAUUGCCAGCUUCUGAUUUAGUUGCAGAACAUGAGCUCUUCCUUGGGUUCGGUUACAACUCUGCAACUGAUGACUACAAAAUACUACAUGGAGCUUUCUUUAAAGCAAAUGACGGCUCUAAGAAAUGUGUAUCAGAGAUAUUCUCGCUCCGAUUUGGUUCCUGGAGAUGGGUUCCUUGCAAAGAUGUUCCCAAGGUAGGUGGAGUCGGAAUUUAUCUGAACGGGGCUGUUCAUUGGAUCGUGAACCAUGGAAGCGGAAAUAGGACAGAGCAAGCGAUCAUUCCAUUUGGUUUGGCCACGGAAACAUUUGAAGAGGCAAUCCCAACCCCCAGAGUCGAAGGUAUAGUUUUCGAGGGUCUGGGGAUUUACGGGGGAUGCCUGCUCAUUUAUGAUGUCACUUUUAGAAUUAGUUUCGAAGCUUGGAUCAUGAACAAAUAUGGGAAAGGGGAAUCCUGGACAAGAUUGUUCAGUAUCCCGACCGACGGUUUACCUGGCCAUCAAUUUUAUACGAUCCCAAUAGCCUACACUCGGAGUGGAAAAAUUGUUUUCCAGAUCGAUGUGUCGGAGAUGAUUUUGUUCAAUCCGGAGGAUGGUACUUACAAGAAUUACCCCAUUGAAGAGGAUGAUAAUGUUGAGUCCGUUGCCUACGUGGAAACUCUUGUUUCGCCCUAUGUUGGCCGUGACCAAUGA